AGAAGAUUAAUUAUUAGUACAACAAAUUUGAUGAAUUUAUUAAAAAUAAUAAUUUAGUUAUAAUGAAUUUUUAGGGGACUAAGAAAUACGCAAAAGUGAUUACAAACAUUUAAUAAAUUUGUUAACGAAACAAUGAAGGGAAAUAUUAUUUUAAUAAUUACAGGAAUUAUUGUAAUAAAUUCUUGCUGCGCUGUGAAUUUACAAAGUAUUUUACGAUCGAAACGCGCUGAGUCUGAUUUUAUAUUGCGAAGUUGUACAGCAAGUGCACAAUUAACAAGAAAACACCGUACAAAUGAUGCUUCGCAGUUGACGGCAAAAAAUUCAAAUUUAACGAAAUUUACUUCUCCAUCUUUAGUAUUAAGCAGUCAAAAGGUGAAGAAUUCUAAUGUUAAUAAAUACUUACGAAAUGAUUUAAGAUUACAAACUAGAUCAAAAGGUAGGCAUUUAAUCGACAAGAAUACAACAGACACUCCACUAGGAACUGUUGAUGUUAAAACUAUUUAUAAAGAUAUUCCAAGAUUAUUCAAAAAAAAAGAUCCAUUACCUGAAUUAGAUAGGAAUAGUUCCGCUAGAAAUUUGGAUACUGACACUCCUAUAAUUGUUGUUCAAUCUUUAAAUCAAUAUUAUAUAAAUUAAAAUUGUCAGAAUGUUUUUAUAUACAGUUUAAUA